AUGGGUCCCGUUUGGCUUCUCCUGCUCCCAUCCCUCCUCAGAGCGCAGGUGACUCCAGACUUCACCUCAGGGGUCACGGUGGCGGCGGACAACAGCUCAGACUCUUUAACAAACAGCACAGAUGUCUCCACCAGCUCCUCCAGCUCCUUCAGCUCCUCCAGCUCCUUCAGACCCUCAGAGCCUCCUCAGUCUGCAGAGACAGAAGCUCCCACGCCGGAGGAGGACGACUGGUCACCAGCAGAGACCUUCCUGUACACCGGAGACCGCUCCUCUCUGGAGCUGACUCGCUGCUCACGGGCGUACAGCCCGCCGGCGCAGACCGGCUCCCUGCCCCUCAGCUUCAGUGCCCCCCUCCGCCCCGCUCGGGAUGCGCUGGCCAACACCGCCAACUUCCUCAACAUGAUCUUCCAGGCGAGCGACCUGCGGGAGAGCACCGUGCAGGAGGACAUGGAGUGGUACCACGCUCUGGUUCGCGCCCUCCUGGAGGCCGACCUGCUCAUCCGCCGGGCCCUGCUCACCUUUGACGCCGACCCGACGUCCCCGGUGCCGCAGCUGGUGCUCUGUGCCUCCCGAAACCCGACCCCCAAGGUGCAGACCAUCAUCCUCCAGGACUUAUCCAAGGCGUGGGGGAGCCUGCACCCGCCCGCCCCAGCCCCCGACGACAGCUGGUUCAGGAGCUUUAAAUUCCCAGAAUCCAACCAGCCGAUGGCGACCCUGUCCAAGCGGGUGCUCCUCAACGACCUCAGCACCUUGGAUACGCCCAAGUGGAGGCGGGGCGACAGCUACGUGACCAAUCACAGCGGCGUCCGCUGGGCCAGCGCCCCCUUUCUCGACUGCAAGGACGGACGCUUCGUCCCAGACUGGAUGCUCACCCUGUCCACGUCCUUCUACGGCCUCAAGCCUGACCUGACGCCAGAGUUCAGAGGUGUGAUCCGCGUCGACGUCAACAUUCAGGACAUGGACUUGGACCAGUGUGCAACAGGAGACAGCUGGUUUGCAGAUACUCACCAGUGCAACCGCACCACCAUGGAGUGCGUACCAACGCCAGGCCGGGGCUUUCGGCUGGGUCAGUACUGCUGCCGCUGUAAAGACGGUUACUACAACCCGGAGUUAGCACCACAAGACCCAGGUGUCGAUGCAGAUGGCGGUCCUGUGAACGCGACUGACGGCGGCGAAGGCGGCGGUGCGUGUUACCCGAACAUGCCCAUCUGUCUGCCGUGCUGGCCGGGCUGCAAGAGCUGCCAGGACGGCACCCCCUGCUGGGUGCAGGAGGCCUGGCUGCUCAGGGGCGGCGUGCUGGCCGUGCAGGGCGUCUUCAUGCUCCUCAUCUUCGUCAGCAUGCUGGUGGCCUACAGGCAUCGCAGAAACCGGAGGAUUCGGGCGUCGGGCCUCCUGCUGCUGGAGACGAUCCUGUUCGGCUCUCUGCUCCUCUACUUCCCGGUGUUCAUCAUGUACUUUAAGCCGAGUACGUUCAGGUGUAUUCUGCUCCGCUGGGUCCGAAUGCUCGGCUUCUCCAUCGUCUACGGGACGGUCACUCUGAAAAUGUACAGGGUCCUGAAGGUGUUCCUCUCACGCACGGCCCAGAGAGUGCCCUACAUGUCAAGCCUCCACCUGCUGAGGAUUUUGGGAGUGAUGCUGAUGACGGUCAGCUGGUUCCUGUGUGCGUGGACGGUUGGCAUCCUGCAGAACCGCGACAGGAACAUCCCGGUGUUCAUCACGACCAACACGUCAGACGGUCAGGGGUUCAACCUGUGUUACCUGGACCGCUGGGACUACAUGAUGGCUGUGGCUGAGCUCCUGUUCCUGUGCUGGGGCAGCUCCCUGUGGACCGCCGUCAGACCCGUCCCCUCAGCCUUCCACGAGCCUCGUUACAUGGGCAUCGCCAUCCACAACGAGCUGCUUCUCUCCUCCAUGUUUCACCUGUUCAGGUUCACCUUUCCCUCUCUCCAUCCUGAUUGGAUGUUGCUGCUGUCCUUCACGCACACCCAUGUGACCAUCACUGUGACACUCGCCCUGCUCUUCAUUCCAAAGUUUCUUUAUGUGUCUAAGCCGGGGAGAGAGGAGAUUGCAGCAGAGGUGUAUGAAGAUGAAGUGGACCUGCGGCGCUCCGGCUCGUACCUCAACAGCAGUUUCCACUCUGCUUGGAGCGAGCACAGUGGAGUGGACCCGGAUGACUUUCGGGAUGAAUUGAAGAAGUUAUAUGCCCAGUUAGAAGUCCACAAGACCAAGAAGAUGACUGCAAACAACCCUCAUCUGUCAAAGAAGCGAAGUUCACGAUGUGCACUGGGGAGAUCCAUUAUUAAACGCAUUGCUGAGAUCCCAGAAAGCAUGAGCCGGCAGUGCAGCCGCGAGGAAAAAGACGGAUCCUUCCACAGCAGAAUCAGCGUGAAUCAGUCUGACUCUUUCAGGAGGGCCCCUGAUACAGCCAGCAUCAGUUACAGGAGUUCAAUGAAGUCAAUAUCACCAUCACCAUCACCAUCCAUGCGCAAGUCCCAAAGUGAUCAUCACUAUGUCAGGGAAAGAGACCCUUCCUUGCGUGACUCCAUGUUAAAGGCAAACGCUGUGAAGAGAUCUUCCCGGCGAUCUGAGACAGACUCCUUGGAUAUUCCACCGGGGGUCUGCAAGUCAGCCAGCGCCCAGAAUCUGACAAUUGACACCAAUCUCCUGCAUCCAGAUCACAACAGGCUUCAUAAGUCCCUGAGUUUAACCUCCACAACUGCCCAUUCAGUGGAGAACAUUGCUAAGGUGAACAGAGCGAGCACGGUGCUGACGAGAUCGAGGCAAAGCAUUUCUAUUAGUGACCAGACCAGGAGUGCUCUACAGUCAGAGUCAUAUGACAAGGCUGAAGUCUGUCCUUGGGAGGUGGAGCAAGAACAAUCAGCGGACAAGAGUCAGAAACAUGUCACCUACGCAAACUCUGAGGAGUCAGGGGAAAAAGGGCCACCAUCUCCAGAGGUGCUUAUCUGCCCCUGGGAUCAUAUACCACCUGUGGAAAAGAAUCCUUCAGAGGAUAAGGGACUCAGUGAAACUGAGUCCCCCAAACCACAGCCCCCUGUGUCUGCAAGUGCACCAGGCACUCCAAGACCAAAGUUCACAAAAGACCAACGUGUAUUCUCCUUUCGCACUGCCACCAGUAAGUGGCUCUCUGUGAAAUCAGUCGUGGGAACCAUGGAGGCAGCAAACAAGUCCAGUAAGGAGGGAAAUCUAAAUAAAGAGGAUGCUGUCUCACAAAAAAGUCAGGAGAGUGCUUCCACGACCCCAAGAUCAGGAACAUCUAGUCGACGUCAGAGCAUAGAAAAGAGGUCCCUGCAGAAAAGAAGCAAGACAACAGUAGAAAAACCAUGCCUCGUGAAGCAGAACGCCAUCAGACUGUCCUCUGGGGAUUCUUCCGAAAGAAGCCCAAGGAGGCUCGUGAUUGUAAAAUCUGCCGUCUACCCUUGGGACAUGGAUGAUAUGCAAAAAGAUGGCACUUACGAAAAUGUGUUUUUAUCAAGGCAGAACAGCAAACGCAGUAGUAUCAGUUCUUGGGAAACCGCCAGCAGCUGUAGAACUCCUUCAACUCACAGAAGAGGUAGCAAUCGAGUUAAACCAGUCCAUAAUACUUCCUACACAGAUGUGUGUCCAUGGGAUGGAGCUGGUACUUCUCAAGAAGGAGAGGCACUAAAGAAGCAGCAGAGCAUUAAAGCAGAUGUCUGUCCUUGGGAGACGCAGGUAUCUGAACCAUCUAAUGUAUGUCCCUGGGAAUCUCAAGAGCAAGCGAAUAUGAGAAGACAAGGAAGUGGUCGUAGUGAAGCGUGUCCUUGGGAAACACAGGAUAUUCCUGUUAUAUAUUAUACUAACACAUCCACAGAUUCACCGGCACGGCAGACUUUGAAGCAUUCAUCAGAUGUAUGUCCCUGGGAGACUGCCGAGAGUCCCCAGUCAUCAACAAAGCAAGGUAAUGAAUAUGCUAAUGUUUGUCCUUGGGAUGUUCAGAGCAAGGCUGAAGUUGUAUAUGAAAACCUAAAUCCUUUAGAAACCAAGGGUGGGCUGUCAGUACCCAUUCGACAAGAAGUUUUUAAACAUGCCGUCUAUCCGGGUGCAUCAAAAGAAAGUUUAAGUAAUGAGCAGCAACACCAUGUAAAAUCACCCACCCUGAAUUUGGGUAGUCAAGUGACCAGAGCAGCAGAAAGUUGUCCAUGGGAUUUCCCUGAUCCCCCUAAAAACCUGGGAGACAUUUGUCCAUGGGAUGAGGGGAACACUGAGUCAACAAAUACAGGUUCAACUACACAAAUGACCACCAACAUAGAUAUUUGUCCCUGGGAGACUGGACAUCAAGACAAACAAGAAGACUCACAAAAAGGUGUCUCGCCGUUGAAAGCUGCUUCCGUGCAGACUGAUGUGAAUGCCGGCAGUAGAGAAAACAUAUGUCCCUGGGAAACUGACCCCACUGAAAAAACUGCAGUUACCAAGAUGGUGUCACAUGGACUGGAAAGGCCGGCAGACGUUUGUCCGUGGGAAAGUGCCGAACCAGAAUCAGGAAAGUCACACACCCUUAAAAAAUCAGAGAAUCAGGCAAAGCAAGAUGCAACCCGUGCAAAUAUUUAUGUUUGUCCAUGGGAAACUGAUGCCCCAAAAGUUCUGGCAAAGCAAGACAGCACUCGGGCAGAUGUUUGUCCCUGGGAAACAGAUGAUCCAAAAGUUCUGACAAAGCAAGACAGUACUCGGGCAGAUGUUUGUCCCUGGGAAACAGAUGAUCCAAAAGUUCUGACAAAGCAAGACAGUACUCGGGCAGACGUUUGUCCGUGGGAGACAGACGAGCAAAAAGCUCUCAAAAAACAAGAUAGUGCAAGAGCAGAUGUCUGUCCAUGGGAGACGAAUGAGCCAAAAGUUCUCAAAAAGCAAGACAGUGCACGAGCAGAUGUCUGUCCAUGGGAGACGGAUGAGCCAAAAGUUCUCAAAAAGCAAGAUAGUGCACGGACAGAUGUCUGUCCAUGGGAGACGGAUGAGCCAAAGGUUCUCACCAAGCAAGAUAGCGCACGGGCAGAUGUUUGUCCAUGGGACACAAGCGAACCAGAAGUUGCCAAAAAGCAAGACAGCACUGGAGCAGAAGUUUGUCCCUGGGAAUCUAAGGAUCCGCACACCUCACCUGAAAGCAGAGCUGAUAUUCCCAACAGUAACCAGGAUGAACUGACAGGAAACCAGGGACAGUUCAGCGUAGAGGAGACUCCAGCGGACAUGAGCGCAGAGCAGAUAGACGACUCUAAAGAAAACUUACCCCUGGGCCGGCGGGAUGCUCUGUGUCCCUGGGAGAUGUCAAGGAGCAGAUCUGGGUCCUUCACGGACAAUGCCUCGGAUGUCUUUACAUGGGAGCCUGAGAAUAUUCCUGAGGAGGAUGAAGAGGACGAUGCAGAAUGUGCUGCUGAGGCUCUUUUAUUCCCGCCUGACUUGUGAUUAUUUGCUUUCACUUUUGACACCUACAGCUGAGUCAAGGGCAAUGUGAGCUCAGAAAACUAUUUGGAUGGGACCGUGUUGAUGGUGACAGGGAACUUUGAGGUUUUUAACUUCCCUAUAUCCACAGGGAGGUGGAGUACGGGGUCAGCUCGCAAACAGCUCCCUCGCAGCCGUCUGUGCAGCCUUUGUGUUGGACAGUCUUCAGACUUCAGGUUGGACUGUCAAUUUGGGCCAUGCCACUGUCCAACUAAGAAGCCUGUAGUAGAGACUUGAUGAGCUGGACACGAAAGGUUGUGCAUACCUGACUGAAUAUUAUUUUCUUUUAGCUGACGCACAGAUCUCUUUAUGUCCCUCAUGAAACCAGAAAAGAACUACAGACAGACGUUUCUUAGCUGAUGGAAGGGCAUCUAAGGCGUUUAAAUGAAGUCCUUUUCCUCCUGCUUUUACCCCCCAAAUGUUUUUUUUGGUGUCUUUAUAUGUUUUUAGGUGACAAUACACUUAUUUGCCAUAUACACAUAGAGUAUGUUGAACCCACGGCUGGGGAGGAUAUCUUCUAAAGCCUGAACUUAACAAGUCUGGAGUACUCGCCAUCACAAAUAUAGCACAACAGAUGCAACUCAGAGCUUAACCAGCACCCACUGGAUAAAUUAAUUUCGCUCUUUUGUGGAAAUUUUAUUUUCAAAAUACAAAUAAGUGUAAAGCAGUGCCGCCAGGACUACAAUGGAUGUCAAAUUACAUUUUUAUCAAGUAUCUUUGAUUGACAAAACUAUGCAUUCCUGAUUGCUUGAUGUUGAUUUAAUGACUAAACGCCAAUGAUUAAUAUUACUCUCUUAUGUAUGAUUUAGUGAUAAUUAAGGGAGAAAUGACAUUCCACCUUUUAAAGAAACAAUGCCAAAAAUUUCAUAAAUCACCAUAAACUUGAGACAUACACCCUAAAAACUUUACCUGUCACAGUGGAGUGAAAAAAUGCAUAAUUGUUUUAUGUCUCAGCAUUAAGAAAGUAAGGUCAAUACAUUUUAUGCACUAGACACUAGUUUCUCUACGAUGGGAUGAUGAGAAUAAGAUGGAAAAACUGAAAAAUACAUUUUUUUUUUAAUUUGGUAAAUUCAAAGAGCAUCUAAUUGUAUAGGAUUUUUGUGUUGCAUCUAACUUUACCUGCUUCCAACUCUGAAAUGUACCAAAUGUUGCAUGUAAUGGGAAUUAUGGUGGUGAAGCUAAUACAAACGGCUUCCCCCAGUUUGUUGAUUGUUUGCUAUUUAAAUUUUUUGCCAAUACAAAAGUCAUUAUCAGGUUUCUUUAUGCAGAUGAUAUUAGUCUUUAUAGUUUUUGCUGGAAAAAAAGUUACAUCUUUGACACAAGAGCAAACUUCCCAAAUAUUCUUCUAGUUUUUUUUAUUCUGUGUGACUAUUUAACAUUUUUAUUAACUAACAAUUUCUUGAGAUGGCCCUACAUUACAAUGUCUGACGUAAGUAUUUAAAAGGUUCAGUGUGUAAGAGUUAGGGGGAUGUAUUGGCAGAAAUGGAAUAUAAUAUAAUAAAUAUAUUUUAUUCAAUGUAUAAUCACCUGAAAAUAAGAAUUAUGCUUUACUUUUGCUAUUACUUUAGAACGAGCUCAUUAUAUUUACGUACGGAGCAGGUCCUCGCCUACUGAGAUCGCCAUGUUUCAUCACCACAUUUUUACAGUAGCCCAGAAUGGACAAACCUAACACUGGCUAUAGAUAGGGACAUUCACAUUUUUGCGUUGACCGCGUUAGCAGCCCCGCCGUGAUAAGCACCAUCACAAAAAAAUAUAUAUAUUUUUAACGUAACCCUACGAAACCUAGUGCGACAUCACUUAGUAAUACAUUUUU